AUGUGUGGGGUAACUAAAACCACCAAUCAGAAAAUCCCUUUUUUCCUUUUGUUUCUGAUCCUGCUCGUCAAUUCCAUCGAUGCCAAGUCGAAUCACGAAUCCUCUUUACCUGCCCACCAUCUGAGCUUCGGAUCGACUUACUCGUUUGGAGAAAGCACCAAGUGUCCAAGAUCUUGUGUCUGUUCCGGUACCACCGUGGAUUGUUCUCAUCGAGGCCUUACCGCUGUUCCGAGAGGGAUACCAACUGAUACUGAAAGACUAGAUCUUCAAGGAAACAAUAUCACUGCCGUUUACGAGUCUGACUUGCAAGAUUUGGGAAAGUUGAAGAUAUUGCAACUUUCAGACAACCAAAUAAAUAAAAUAGAGAAGGACUCUUUUCAGGAUCUUACAAGUUUAGAAAGAUUACGCCUGAAUGGAAACAGUCUGAAAAACAUUCCCGACAACUUAUUUGUUCCCGUUUUUAAAUUAUUUCGUUUAGAUCUCAGUCAUAACCAAAUAGCAGUGAUUGGCAAGAAGACUCUCAAGGGAGUCAGUGGAUUAAAAAACUUGCAACUCGACAACAACCAAAUAACAUGUAUAGACGAUUCGGCACUUCGGGACAUGAAAGACCUAGAAGUAUUGACUCUAAACAACAACAACAUAACAUGGAUAGGAAAAGACAUGUUCGCCAACAUGUUCCGCCUCCGCACACUUCGGCUGGCGGAAAAUCUACUACAUUGCGAUUGCAACCUUUCCUGGCUUGGAAGGUAUUUGAGGCACUCACCAAGACUGGCUCAAUACACCAGGUGCCACUCGCCCAGUCAUUUGAAGGGCCAAAACGUCGCAGACGUGAAGGAUCAUGAAUUUAAAUGUUCAGGCUUGGCUGAGAAAGCUAUCAGUGGAGAAUGCGUUAGUGAGCCACAAUGUCCGCACCCUUGCCGAUGCGCAGAAGGUAUUGUAGAUUGCAGAGAAAAGGGGCUCACGCAGGUACCUGAUCAUAUGCCCGAAACGACUACUGAAAUUCGUUUAGAACAAAACCAAAUCACACACAUUCCAAAUAAAGCGUUCUCUGUCUACAAGAGGCUGAGAAGAAUUGAUUUAAGUAACAACAAGAUAUCUAAAAUUGCCCCAGAUGCGUUUCAAGGCCUAAAAGGCUUAACAUCUUUGGUACUAUAUGGAAAUAAAAUAAAAGAGCUAUCCUCAGGUGUUUUCCAAGGACUAACAUCAUUGCAACUAUUGUUAUUAAAUGCAAAUGAAAUAUCCUGCGUUCGUCGAGAUACUUUCAAAGAUUUGCACAGUUUGAGCCUAUUGUCUUUAUACGAUAACAACAUCCAAUCUUUAUCCAACGGCAGUUUCGAUUCCCUCAGGAGCAUCCAAACCCUGCAUUUAGCCCGCAAUCCGUUCAUAUGCGAUUGCAACUUGAAAUGGCUCGCCGAAUACCUGCACAAGAAUCCGAUUGAAACGUCAGGAGCCCGAUGCGAGUCGCCCAAGAAAAUGCAAAGGAAAAGAAUAGAGACGAUGAAGGAUGAGAAAUUCAAAUGUAAGAGAAACGGUCAAGACGAAUUCAGGACAAUGUACGCAGGCGAGUGUCUCGUGGACAACGAAUGUCCAACUGGAUGCUCUUGUGACGGAUCUGUUGUGGACUGUUCAGGAAGAAACCUAAAAGACAUACCUAGAGAUAUUCCACUUUACACUACCGAACUAUUACUGAACGACAAUGAACUAGGCCGUAUAAAAUCGGACGGAUUAUUUGGCCGUCUACCCAAUUUAGUGAAGCUGGACUUACGUAGAAAUUUCAUUACAGGCAUCGAGGAAAAUGCUUUUGAAGGAGCUUCAAAGAUUUCAGAAUUAUUAAUAUCUGAAAAUAAACUCAUGGAAAUCCACAACAAAAUGUUUCUGGGACUGCACAGUUUGAAAGUUUUGUCUCUGAAUAACAAUCAGAUUACUUGCGUUAUGCCUGGAUCUUUUGAUCCAUUACAGUCUUUACACACUUUGAACUUAAUUCAAAAUCCCUUUGUUUGCAACUGUCACCUAGCGUGGUUCUCUGAAUGGCUAAAAAAUAAAGGCUUGAGUGGUUCUACGCCCCGUUGCGCAGGUCCUGAACGAGUCAAAGAUGUUCUAAUCAAGGAACUACCUAAAACUGAAUUUAAAUGCACCAGCGAAAAUGAUCAGGGUUGUUUGGGAGAUAAUUAUUGUCCACCUAUGUGUUCUUGUACAGGAACCGUUGUAAGGUGUACUAGAGCAAGCCUAAAAGAAAUACCCAGAGGUAUCCCCUCAGAAACUUCAGAAUUGUAUCUAGAUUUCAAUCAGAUUGACAGAAUUCAAGCGGAUCGUAUAAGCCAUUUGAAAUCACUUACGCGAUUAGAUUUGAGUAAUAAUCAAAUAGGCAUCCUAUCCAACUCCACCUUUACCACACUUUCAAAACUAUCUACCCUGAUAAUAAGCUACAAUAAACUACAAUGUAUUCAAAGAGGUUCCUUACAAGGCCUCAAAUCGUUGAGGAUAUUGAGUUUACACGGAAAUCAAAUCAGUUUGAUUCCAGAGGGGACUUUUGCUGGUCUAAAAAGUAUUAGCCACAUUGCUCUGGGUUCCAAUCCUCUAUACUGUGAUUGCUCAUUAAGAUGGCUAUCUGAUUGGGUUAAAGUAGAUUACGUGGAACCAGGAAUAGCUCACUGUGCAGAACCUUUCAAUAUGAAGGACAAAUCGAUAUUGAGCACGCCAUCUUCAGCAUUUAUUUGUAAAGGCCAAGUCUCUACGGAUAUUUUGGCCAAGUGCGACUCUUGCUACACUUAUCCAUGUCAGAAUAAUGGAAAAUGUCACUCAUUACCGGAAAAGGAUUACGAGUGCAAAUGCGCUCCAGGGUAUCACGGCAAAAAUUGCGAGUUUAUGAUCGAUGCCUGCUAUGGAAAUCCUUGUAGGAACCAGGGAACCUGUAAAGUUUUAGAGGAAGGCAGAUUUAGCUGCCAAUGUCUGCCAGGUUACACAGGCCUCAGAUGCGAAACAAACAUAGACGACUGCACUGAAAACAAAUGCGACAAUAAUUCUACUUGCGUGGACUUGGUGAACUCGUACGAGUGCAAAUGCCUUAAUGGAUUCAUGGGCGAGUACUGCGAGCGAAAAAUUCCCUUUUGUACUGAGCAAUACAAUCCUUGUGAAAAUAACGCUCGCUGUGUCGAUCACGAUAGUUAUUAUACUUGCGAGUGUAUACCUGGUUUUAAGGGCGCGAACUGCUCCAUCAACAUAGACGAUUGCGAGAACCACAUGUGCCAGAAUGGGGCUACUUGCGAGGACCGCAUAAACGAAUACCUCUGUAAAUGUUCGGGAGACUUUACAGGGAAAUUCUGCGAGAUCAGCCCCAUAGUGGCUAUGAUGUAUCCUCAAACCUCACCAUGUCAGCACCACGAUUGCGUGCACGGAGUUUGUUUCCAACCUAGCGGUUCGAACGACUAUUUGUGCAAAUGUGCACCAGGAUAUUCAGGAAAACGUUGCGAGUACCUGACAAGUCUCAGUUUCACUCACAACAACUCCUACGUCGAACUAGAACCUUUACGAACGAAACCCGAAGCAAAUGUCACAAUAGUGUUUGCUACGACCCAAGAAGAUGGAGUACUGAUGUACGACGGACACGAUGAACAUUUGGCGGUUGAACUUUUUAAUGGACGAAUUAGAAUUAGUUAUAAUGUAGGAAACUAUCCUGUGUCAACCAUGUAUAGCUUCGAGAUGGUCUCUGACGGUCAAUACCACAUAGCCGAGCUGAUAUCGAUCAAGAAAAACUUUACACUUCGCGUGGACCGUGGAUUAGCCCGGAGCAUCAUCAACGAUGGACCAAAAGACUUUUUAAGACUGACAUCGCCUAUGUUUCUGGGAGGAAUACCACCUGAACCUGGCGAACAUGCCUUCAACGAUUGGCAUUUGAGGAAUUUGACUAGUUUUUAUGGUUGCAUGAAGGAAGUGUGGAUCAACCAUAAGCAAGUGGACUUUGGCAACGCAAAAACUCAGCAAAAAGUGCAACCCGGAUGUGGCCUUAUCGAAGACAAAUUUGAUGAUGAAUUACAGGAAGAUGAAAUGGACGAAAUGAUUGAAGAACCUCCAGCACCUCCUCAAGAUCCUUGCACGAGUAAUAAAUGUAAACAUGACAGUAAAUGCGUGCCAACAACUGGAGGCGAAUACAGCUGUAAAUGUAAAGCAGGUUACAAAGGAAAGUUCUGCGAGCAAGGUGAGGACGAGUCUCCAACUUGUAAAAAAGAACAAGUAAGAGAGUAUUACUCAGAAAAUGGCUGCAGAUCAAGAAAACCACUGAAAAUUGCAAAAUGUAUUGGCACUUGCGGAUCAAGCUGUUGUCAUGCUAGAAAAAGCAAAAGACGAAAGGUUCGUCUUAUAUGUUCCGACGGUACCAGAUACACAAAAGACAUCGACGUAGUGCGCAAAUGCGCCUGCACAAAGAAAUGCUACUGA